CGACCCUUUGCAACAAUCAAGAGUCCACUAAACGUUUUGCCACACAUCCAUUUACUCCCACAGCUCUACAAAAUGCUCUGACAUCUCUUUUGCAACUUCCAAAAUGGCAUCUUUUUCUAUCAAAUUUUUGGCACCUUCAUUGCCAAAUCCAACUAGAUUUUCCAAGAGUAGUACUGUCAAGCUCAAUGCAACUCCGCCGCAGACAGUGGCUGCGGCGGGGCAUCCAGAGGUUGCUGCUGAGAGACUAGAACCAAGAGUUGAGGAAAAAGAUGGAUAUUGGAUACUAAAAGAGCAGUUUAGGCAAGGAAUUAAUCCUCAAGAGAAGGUGAAGAUUGAGAAGGAACCUAUGAAGUUGUUCAUGGAAAAUGGUAUUGAAGAGUUAGCUAAGAUUCCAAUUGAAGAGAUAGAUCAAUCGAAGCUUACUAAGGAUGACAUUGAUGUUAGGCUCAAGUGGCUUGGCCUCUUCCAUAGGAGAAAGAAUCAAUAUGGGAGAUUCAUGAUGAGGUUGAAACUUCCAAAUGGAGUAACAACAAGUGCUCAGACUCGAUAUUUGGCGAGUGUGAUAAGGAAAUAUGGAGAGGAAGGAUGUGCUGAUAUUACGACAAGGCAAAAUUGGCAGAUUCGUGGAGUAGUGCUGCCUGAUGUGCCUGAGAUUCUAAAGGGACUUGAAGAAGUUGGCUUGACUAGUUUGCAGAGUGGCAUGGAUAAUGUCAGGAAUCCAGUUGGAAAUCCUCUGGCUGGAAUUGAUCCUGAAGAAAUAGUUGACACAAGACCUUACACUAAUUUGCUCUCCCAAUUUAUCACUGGUAACUCACGAGGCAAUCCGGCUGUUUCUAACUUGCCAAGGAAGUGGAAUCCGUGUGUAGUAGGGUCUCAUGAUCUUUAUGAGCACCCUCAUAUCAAUGAUCUUGCAUACAUGCCUGCCAUAAAAGAUGGACGAUUUGGAUUCAACCUGCUUGUGGGAGGGUUCUUCAGUGCCAAAAGAUGUGAUGAGGCAAUUCCUCUUGAUGCAUGGGUUCCAGCCGAUGAUGUUGUUCCGGUUUGCAAGGCAAUACUGGAAGCUUUUAGAGACCUUGGGUUCAGAGGGAACAGGCAGAAAUGUAGAAUGAUGUGGUUGAUUGAUGAACUGGGUGUAGAAGGAUUCAGGGCAGAGGUCGUAAAGAGAAUGCCUCAGCAAGAGCUAGAGAGAGCAUCUCCGGAAGACUUGGUUCAGAAACAAUGGGAAAGAAGAGAUUAUCUUGGUGUACAUCCACAGAAACAGGAAGGCUAUAGCUUUAUUGGUCUUCACAUUCCAGUGGGUCGUGUCCAAGCAGACGACAUGGAUGAUCUAGCUCGUUUGGCUGAUGAGUAUGGCUCAGGAGAGCUACGGCUGACUGUGGAACAGAACAUUAUUAUUCCCAACAUUGAGAACUCAAAGAUUGAGGCACUGCUAAAAGAGCCUAUUUUGAGCAAAUUUUCACCUGAUCCACCUAUUCUCAUGAAAGGUUUAGUGGCUUGUACUGGCAACCAGUUCUGUGGACAAGCCAUUAUUGAAACAAAAGCUCGUUCCCUGAAGAUCACCGAAGAGGUUCAAAGGCAAGUAUCUCUAACGAGGCCAGUAAGGAUGCACUGGACAGGCUGCCCAAAUACGUGUGCACAAGUUCAAGUUGCAGACAUUGGAUUCAUGGGAUGCCUGACUAGAGAUAAAGACAAGAAGACUGUGGAAGGCGCCGAUGUUUUCUUAGGAGGCAGAAUAGGGAGCGACUCACAUUUGGGUGAAGUAUACAAGAAGGCAGUUCCUUGUGAUGAAUUAGUACCACUUAUUGUGGACUUACUAAUUAAGAACUUUGGUGCAGUUCCACGAGAAAGAGAAGAAACAGAAGAUAAAUAAAAUUUGGAUUAGAUCAUAAUAUGAUGGAAUGUGCAAUUAUGUUUAGAGAUUAUGGAGGUAUAUAGUUAAGAGCUGGUUUGAAUAAUCAGAAAUAUGUUGUGUUCAUAUCAUUUGUUGUACGAUAAAUCAACACAAACACUCCUACUUACCUGAGAAUUAUUACAUGCUAUAUUCUUUUGAAGCAAA